AAUGUUGACGUCUGAUUGAAAUUACGAAAAUACUCCAAAAUAAAAUUCGAAGUUUACCUUGCACUAUUUGCAGACUAAUUAUCUACAUGAAAUUGUGGAAAAAAAGUCAACAUUAUGAUUAUGUGCAGAACCUGCCUUAAAACUCCAGCGGAGAAGCAUAUUUCGGACCUGGAAAAUGGCAUAAAAGAGGGCAAUCACAACUGCUUCGAAAUUAUGAUGUUUUGUUUAAAUAUAGAGGUUACCAAAGACUCCAAAAUAACAUUAAAGUUGUGUGCCAACUGCUAUAAAAAAAUCUUAUCGUUUUAUAAGUUUAAGGCUUUGUCUCUGAGAAAUGAUUUAUAUUUGAGGUCUCUGGACCCAGUUGUACAGUUGGAAGACCAGAAACUGUCUGUAUAUGUGGAUGAAAACGGGAUCAAACAUGAGAAUUUACUAGAUUCUGAUGAAUUUGGGCCAGUCCUGUUAGAGGACUGUGAUACAGAAUUUAAAGUAGAAGUUAAUGUUAAGUGCAACAACUCAGAUGAAGAUGGAGAAAUAGAUUUUAAGGAUAACAACUCGGAUGAAGAUGGAGAAAUAGAUUUUAAGGAUAACAACUCAGAUGAAGAUGGAGAAAUAGAUUUUAAGGAUAACAACUCAGAUGAAGAUGGAGAAAUAGAUUUUAAGGAUAACAACUCAGAUGAUGUUGUAGAAACAGAUUUUAAGUAUGAUGAAAAUAUAUCAGAUAAUGUGAAGGCAGAUGAGGACCAACAAAGUGAACAAAAAGUUAAACAUAAAAACAUCGUAAAAGAUACUAGAGAAAAUGCACCUAAAAAACUUGGCCGCCGAAAAAGAGAUAAAUCUAAAAAAAAAGAAAAAUGGAAACCACAGCGGCGUGUGUGUGAGGAGUGUGGCAAGUCGUUCCUUAACCUCAGGGAGCAUGCGCUCCAGCAUCAGCCCAAGGAGGGGCGCCAGAAGCUGCAGUGCAAGGCUUGUCCCAAGACCUUUCUCAGCAUCGGGGGCAGAAGGAAGCAUUAUAUGGUGACACAUUUAGGGUUCAAGGAAAAAUGUGAUAUUUGUGGUAAAGAGGUAGCAGCUUUGAAGCAUCACAAGAACUUGGUUCACAACCCGAGCGCACUACCCUACCCCUGUGUGCAGUGUGAGCGCCGCUUUGUAGGCCAGUCCGCGCUGGAUGCACACAUGGUCACACACACCAAGGACCUGCCGUUUGAGUGUGAUAUGUGCCAGAAUAGAUUCUGCUCUAAGAACUCUGUGUCAAGGCAUAUACGUCAGGUCCACCAGAAAAUAAGAUCACAUCAAUGUCAGUUCUGCUCAAAAGCUUUCUUCAAGAUAGAACGCCUGAGAGCACAUGUGAGGACCCACACUAACGAGCGUCCCCACAAGUGCGAGGAGUGCGGCAAGGCGUUCUCGACGGCACAUUACUUGAAGCAGCACGCGCUCAUACACGGCGACAAGAAGUUUCAGUGUCAGCACUGCGACAGGAGCUUCGCGAAGCCGGGGAACUUGCGGACCCACAUGGUGAAGCACACGAAGGAGAAGCGCUACCCGUGCGCGUUCUGCGGCGUGCGCUUCGGCCGCUCCGACCACCGCAACCGGCACCAGCUCACCGCGCACAAGAAACAGCGCGCUGCCGACUGACCACUUUAUCGCUAAGGAAUAAGACUCCAAAUCAGGCGGCAGUUGUGACACAGAUAAUUUAAUUUCGCCGGUCUUGGAAUGUCUUGCGACUCUUCCGGAUCAACGACAUGAUCCAUUACAAAGGAUUAUUCAAGUCGGGAAAAAACCAAUAUCACAUUAUACGAACUACUUCUGUGCCUCCUGACAGAGUGACAGAGGACAACCAUCUGACAGAUAGGUACCGGACCACACUAUGGGAUGAAAUCAACAGUGCCUUAAUUUGCUUUUUAAAAAUCUAUUAUUUAUUAUUGAUUGAUGAAUGUAAUUAAUCUAAAUUUUAUGGAGAUAAUGACUUUACUAGACUUUAAUUUGUAAUAUAUGUUUAUUAUUCUUUGUAACUUAAUAUUUUUAAAUUUCAAGUAUGUUGGCGUGAGCUUUAAAUUUACUAAAGAAACGUUUUGAAA